GAGGACAUGGAGAACAAGGCCAUGUAUCUGAGCACGUAUGAAGAGAGAGAGAGCGGCUCCAUGUAUGAAGACGCCUACGAUGGACACAACCUGUCCAAACUCAACCUGUGUGACGAAGUGUACCUGAACAGGAGGUCCUGGUCAUGGAGCCAGGUGGAGGCCCGGGACACCUCCGCCGUCAGGCCCGUCAGGUUCCUGCCGGUGGAGCUGCUCAGGGAGGACAACCUGUCGUCCAGCUGCACCAGGUGUCAGGUGUCCUACCUUGAUGAGGAUCUCCAGCCUCUGCAGCCAGUCGCUGUGGUUCUGGAAGAGGUUCUCCAGCUUCCAGAUGUUCUCCAGAAGGUCGCCCUGAGGGGACGCCUCGCCCGGAGUAACGCGGGUCACGUUCUCCGUCUGCACGUCCUGUCGCUUUGUGUUUGCAGGGAAACGUCGGGACAGAUGAGCCGGCUGAGAGAGAAACUGGACGACGUCAGCUGGACGGUGGGAGCUGUCAAUCACACCUUCAGCAACGACAUCAGCAUUCACCACUUGAAGAUACAAGACUUGCAGAUCCAGAUCAGCAACAUCACAGAGGACACCAGCAGCUUGUGGGUGACCCACGUCCACACGGAGGCCCAGCUGAGGAACGAGAUGGAGAUCCUCAACACAAUCACAGAGGACCUCCGGCUGAAGGACUGGGAGCACUCCCUGGCCCUGAAGAACCUCACCGUAUUCGAAGGUCCACCCGGGCCAAAGGGAGCGAAGGGAGAUACUGGACCACUUGGGCCCCCCGGGAUUCCUGGGGUGACAGGCUUGAGAGUGGAGGAGACCCUGGUGCGGCUGGUGAACGGGUCAGGUCCUCAUGAAGGUCGUGUGGAGGUCUUCCACGAACGCCGCUGGGGGACGGUGUGUGACGACGUCUGGGACAAGAAGGAUGGAGACGUGGUGUGUAGGAUGCUCGGAUACCGAGGAGCUGCUGACGUCCAUAAGACCGGACGCUUUGGACAGGGUACUGGUCUGAUCUGGAUGGACGAUGUGGCGUGUGCAGGGAGCGAAGACACCAUCCAUCAGUGCAAGUUUGCUGGAUGGGGCAAAACCAACUGCGGCCACGUGGAGGAUGCCGGCGUAACGUGCGCCGUCUAAAACCCCCAUGAUCCGGUCCCUGCUGCAGCGGCCGGGCAGCUCCUCUCACACAGUGCCUUCAACUUUUAAGUAGGGAUAAGGUGCCCAACGCCCUGCCGUCGCCAGGGUAUCACACCAGCGGUAUGUUGUUUUUUACCUGCGGAGAAAAGGGACAAACCUCCAUGUUCUACAUGUUGUGCAUGAGUAAAUCUGCAGCUUUUGGUUUUACCUGCAAGACUGAACCGUGGGAGCAAAGACACACAUUUCAGACUGAGCAACAUAAGAGCACGACAGGACACUUCAUCAGGACUGGAUUACAGACCUCAUGUCUUCAGUGAAGCCAAAGGUCAACUUCCAUUUAGUCAACAGCGUUCAGUUCUGCCCGGAUGUGCCUCAUUUCGACCAGAUGUCCGUCACAUUCGACUUUCUCUGUGUUGGCGCUCUGACCUGCGGCUGAGUUCUGAGGACUAGUGUUGACUUCUCCUCAGAUCUCUGCAGGGCCUU